UCCUCCGCCCUCCCAUCCGCACACGCACACGCACACGCACAUGCACACGCUCCCGUGCCUUCUGGCUGCAUGUCGACUGCGACUGUACUGCCCCGUCCGUGAAGGCGCCAUGGUGUGAGCUGCGCGCAUGCGGGCCGCAUCCUCGAAUCGUGGGUGGCUGCGGCAGGCCGCCGUCUGGGGACACAUGCUGGGCAAGACGGUGCUGCCCGGCGACGAGGAGUUGGGGAAGAAGGACGACGACCACAAGCCGGGCGCGGCGCCGCGAAUCCCCCUCUGCGCCUUUCUGAGCGCGCCGCGGCGAUGGCGCCGCCGCAGGAUACUGCUCGCCGUGGCGGCGCUGUACCUGCUCUAUCUGUUCGUCCGCAACAUACCGGACCUGGGAGAGGCCAAUGGACGGCGGCCCGGAUACGGCUCUGGCCGCCCGAUUGUGCCCAUGACGAAUGACGACUACAACCAGGCCUACGACGCGGAGCCGUCGGGCGCACCGCCGGGAACGAAGGCCCCGAAGGCUGGACAGCCCGCACCGCAGACUUAUGCCGGCCCCAUCAAGUUCUACCGCCUCGCCUCGUCGCUCCAUGCAGCAUCGCAUACGGGCGGCUACCACUACACGAAUCGGAACGUCUUAUUCGCCAUGUCAGGUCUGAAGAGCGCGUCCGCCCUUCUGCCCAUGGCUUGCGAGAUGGCCAGGUGGAGCAGAAGCUAUGUGCAUGCCGCCUUCAUGGGAAGACAGGACAUACCCUUGGCUGAUCUUCUGGAGAUCAACGGCAUCGACAAGGUCAAGUGUCCAGCCAUCUGGCACGAUGCGCGCGCAGACUUUACCGAAUACAGCACGGAUGCGCGGCACGAGUCGAGCGUCAUGGCGGCUUUGGGCCAUAUCCACAGCUUCCUGCAUCCCCAGGUCGCUAUAGUGGAUGGCGGAGGCUCUGAGGAUUUCUCCUUUGCGCGCGGCAUGCGGGCGAGGACGAAGGCCCUGGGGAUGCCCCUAGUCGAGAUUCCCAAAGACGGGUGGGAGAGCCUCAUGUGGGCUACGAGGCUGGAUGCGGGGUCCCUGCACAGCUGGCAUCUCCCCUCUGUGGAUAUCAUCAUCCAGGUUCCCCCGGAGUCAUCCAGCGUUAUUGGAUUGCUGAAAUCGAUCCGAACUGCUGACUACAGCGGCUUUCAGGCCCCGCGACUCACUAUUGAGCUGCCAGCCGAGAUGGAUGACUCAGUGAAGCAGUAUCUGGAAAACUUCAAGUGGCCUCUCCACGACAGACCGACGGGCAAUCACGUAUCCAUCAGGCGUCGGAUCGCGAAUCAGCGCGCGACUCAAGAGGAAUCUGCCGUUCGAUUCCUCGAGCUGUUUUAUCCUACUAGCACCACCAAUUCUCACGUUCUGCUACUGUCGCCCCAGACUCAGCUUUCGGCACAGUACUACCAAUACCUCAUGUACACUCUCUUGGAGUACAGAUAUUCUUCAUUCGGCGAGGACGAUAGCGCUAACCUCAUGGGCGUCAGCCUGGAACUGCCCUCGGUCCUACCCGAUGGAAAGACGAAGCUCAAGCCUCCGAAACCCGCGGACAUGCACACGUCGCGCUACCAGGAGCUCUUCCCCGAGACUCCAAGUACGCAGUUUCUAUGGCAGGCGCCGAACAGCCACGCGACGCUCUUCUUUGGCGACAAGUGGGCCGAGUUACACUCUUACCUCAGCAACCGCGUCGCAAAGCAUUACCAGUCCCCCAAGGCUGCCGCGAGACGGAAGCUUGUGUCCGAGACGCUACCGUCGUGGACAGAGUACAUGCUCGAGUUUAUGCGGGCACGCGGCUACUCGCUCUUCUACCCCGGAAAGACUUCGUCGGAGUCGCUUGUUACGGUGCAUAACGAACUCUACCAUGCACCUGAGGAGUUCCUACCACGCACCACAUCAGCGCCAGGGGGCGGGGAAAUGGCUCCGCCGAGAUUACCGGACGAGCCUUUCCUGCGCGGGGAAGAAGCUGCGCCGCGUCCUACGAACGUGGAAGCUCCGGUCCUUGGACACUCGCGGCCUUUGCAUGUCGCGCUUCCCUUCGAGGGCGAUCUGCCUGAGAUAGCUCAUCUGCCGUAUCUGCUCCACAGCGGCAGGAUGGUUCCGCAUGCCAACGUCUCUUCGAUUGCGGCUGCCUAUGCUGAUAGAUUCCGGGAGGUGAUUGGCGGCUGCAAGAUGCCCGCUGGCAAGCACCGCAGAGUGUUGCCGGGAAGCGCGCGCGAUCUAUUCUGUUUCGGGGACGAGGACGAGAAGGAGUGGGAGGACGAUGCUGUGGAGACGUUUGCGGCGGACGUCGUGGACGACUACCGGGCGUCCAUGGACAAGGGGGAGGCGAGCCCGGCGCCGAGCGUGCGGAGCAGGACGAUGCAGAGGACAGUUGCGGCCCCCACGACAGCGAUAGAGGGUUGAUGUACGGAGUAGAGUUUGCUUUUCCUGUGCGAGCAUUUUCCGAGCGGGCUGGUGUUUGGAGUCGGUAAAAACAGUACCUAUUCACACACGAUGUAAUUCACGCGUGGACCACACCUGAAGUGUGGCUGUGAAGGCGUGGCUGUGACGGCGGGGCCAAGACAAAUGGGGGCGGCGCGCACGGACC